ACAGCAGUUUACUGUAUUUCGUCCGUGUGAUUCUGCGUUGAAUAAAAAUUCCGUUUCGACGAACGCACGUGGAGGCGCGAUUCUACGAAACCGCGCGAUAUUUACGCGAGGAUGAGUAGCAGUAGUAUCGCGUCGGCGGUAAUCGUCGUUCUUGUGUUCGCGCUUGUUGAUAGUGCCGCGGAUCCGGGAUACGCGCGACUAAUCAACGACGGAAAUCUGCCUGCGACCUCGAUCCUUAAAGGAUUCUCGGAAAAUGACUCAGUUCCGAACAACGUUCGCGAAUGGACUCAGCUCUUCGCGGAGCAAGAAGACAAUAAAGAGAACUGCUCGGAGCGUUCAAUUAGGGAGUUUUCGGAGGUGUUCACGUACGAGCAGCGUCGUCACGGUGCGGUGGUACUUCACUUGCUCUUCGGUUUCUAUUGCUUCGUUCUGACAGCGUUCGUUUGCAACGACUACCUGUUACCGGCGCUUGACAUCAUAUGUACGCAACUAAACAUCAGCACUGAUGUCGCCGGAGCGACUUUCCUCGCCACCGCGAGUUGCUUUCCCGAGUUAUUUGUCAAUGUCGUCGGCACCUUCCUGACCGAGUCUGAUCUCGGUGUCGGUACCGUGAUGGGCAGUGCGGUUUUCAACACCUUCGCGACACCGGCAUGUGGCGCGUUAUCGGCGAUACAAGCAAUACCAUUAGAAUGGCGAAUAUUAACUCGAGAUUGUAUAAUUUAUGUGAUAUCAGUCGUCGUUUUGGUGAUCGUAAUGUGGGAUGGCAUAAUCCAAUUGUACGAAGCAAUCAUCCUCAUGGUACUGCUCAUCAGUUAUUUGAUGAUAUUAUUUUGCAGCAAACUUAUUGUGCGCUGGUAUAAUAAGAUCGUGCAUCUGUACAUCUACAAAGCUCGUAGUACCAAUCUUACCAAUGAAGAAACGCCCAAAAUCAGUCAAGAAUCAAUGCCUGAUGGCCUCUACAGGCCGUAUUUUCACGGCGAACUCGUGGUGGAGUAUAGAAGAAGCGUAGCGAGCCGGAAGUCUUCUGUUGCUGGCGUAGAGGCGCAGACUCAUGUGGAAAAUAUAGAGGAGUAUGUGGAACCAGACACCCCAUUUGUAUGGCCUACUGGCAGUAGAUUAAACAAAAUAUGGUUCUACUUAGUUUGGCCAUUAAAAUUUGUAUUGUUCAUUACCAUACCGGACACCAGAUAUAAACGAUGGAAAAGAUGGUAUGUGCUAACGUUUAUUAUGUGCAUAAUAUGGAUCGCGGUGGCCUCCUACCUAACAUCGUGGAUGACAACUGUCCUCGGUGACACCAUCGGGAUCCCGGAUUCUGUGAUGGGUAUCACGUUCCAAGCCGCCGGUGGCAAUAUGCCAGAACUCGUCUCGAUCAUUAUACUUUCGAGACAAGGUAACGGAGACAUGGCUAUGAGUAAUACGUUAGGCGCGAACACGCUCGAUAUUCUGCUGUGCCUUGGUCUACCGUGGAUGAUCAAGAUCCUUAUGUCCCAGCAAGACAUCGCAAUUGUUUCGGGUGCUCUGCGUUUCAGUGUACUUUCGAUCGUUGCGUGUGUAAUCGCUUUUUAUCUGGUCACCGCAUUGUGUAAAUAUCGCUUGAAUAAGAAAGUGGGUGUCAUUUGCUUGAUAUUAUAUGCGAUAUUCUUGGCAUUUGCAUUAUCGUUCGAACUGAACGUCCUCUUCAUGGUGAACUUACCUAUGUGUCCCCCUUAAAUCUGCCAUUCUCUAUAUGACGGAAAAAGAUGAUAUUUUUCUGCUCACGAGGAAGAUGAGAUUAGCAAAAGUAGCUUUUAUUAAUUUUCAAAAUGUGUUCAGGAGACCAAAGUAAUAA